AUGAUUUCUUGCGGCCCCACAAAGGCCAUGUAUUAUGCUUGGGCGGCGCUUCGGCAAGCCCUCGGACAACCAGCUAAGGACCCCCCUGCCCCCACCUCCGAUUUUUCCGUUCCAACUGACCUGAGUCGCAGCACAAACGCGACCCUUCAGCGAGUGUUCGUCGUCGACUCCGACGAACAAUGUUUCCUCACUGAGGGUGGAACAUUCAAGCAACCGCGGUUGUCUGGAUGCGAGUCGGCGAUUCUCCCCGUGGGAAUCCGCCCCCAGGGUACCUUUGACGGGAUGCGCGUCUGGGGCCUGGGCAAAAUCUUGGAGCACUGGACCUCGUCCUCUGACGAGUCCAAAGCUCCCAAAUUCGGAAAGCCAGAAGUGGUGACUACGAAAAAGGUUUCUUUCGAGGCCUUGGUUGGGAGAUGGUCGAUCCACCAAGUCCGGGCUUUCGAAGUGGGUGUCGGGGAUGAAGACAGUGAUACGUCAGCCACUGCUUUUCUCCCGUUGGCCGAGGCUGAUUUAAUUCAGCCCGGUGCCGAGACCCGCUUUCGGUGCGCUGCCGGAAGGCGCUGUCGGAUCUGUGGGGAAUGGUAUUUGACCUGUUACAUGGGAUCCUACCAACCCGCGCCUGAGAGACCAGGUUUCGAAUUGCGAUGGGAGCCGUACUCGUGCCGCAGUGAUCAUUGCAUGAAUGCGCUGGUUGACGGCACCACAGAGGACAUUGAAUACCCAGUUGGACCUAGUACUGCCGGUCCAUUGAGUCGUUGGAGUGAACGGCAGAGACAAUGGAAUAUGACGCAGGCGGAGGUCUUUCCGGAAGAACCCGAGGUUACUAUGGUCGAGCGGCACACCGAGUCUCAGUGUCUUGAGCCUAUCAUCCCGCCGGUUGAGACCGCUGAAGAUGCUGAGCAGUGGUUGCUUCCUCAGCCUCUUAAUUUGACGGUUCGGAAGGUUGGAGCUCCAGAACUAGGAGACGUCCCUGAAGAAGAUGCAGAGAAUUCUGAGGGAUCCGUCGCACCAUUGAUGGCUGGUAACAACUCGAUAGUUGAUUCGGCUCAAGAGACGGUCAUUCCAAGAAUGAAUGGGGAAAACCUGAAGUCAUUCUCUUGGGCUGAUGAUGAUGACGAGGAUUGGUAG